AGAAAGCGAGGUACAGCAAAAGCAAAGGGAAAGCCAAACCACACGGGCCCCACACACCCCUGCCCCAGCAGGCAACAGACUCAUUUCGUGCGUUUCUCAACACCGCAUAUGUAUCUAUUUAUUUAUUUAUCUUAGAUGUAGAAUACGAGUUAGGAUAUCUGAAUCCCUCGACUAGAACGAUGAGCUCGCAUGCGCAGCCGGUGCAUGACGUGUUGGGACGCAUGUCGGAUGACGAAGGCGAAGAUGACGUGCCCAACGACCUCAACCUCACCUUCGUGCCCAAGUCGGAGCGUAUGAAGCGUGUUCGGCAAUCGCGCCAAGUAACUGGUGGUGCGGCAACCGUGCCACAGUCCGCAAAAGCAUCUUCCCCCGCCACCUCAGCCGUUCCGGCAGUGCGCACCGAGACGGUGUACGAGCAGGAGCGCAACGCGAAGGUGCGCGCGGUGCUCGCUGAGCAGCAGCGGGGUCACCCGCAAAGCGGCGUCUUCUUGCUCGACCUCUUUGACGGACACCGCGACGGAGGGUCCCCUCCGCCGCCUGCGGUGUCGGGAGCGGGAGCCGCUUCUUCCUCUUCCGCAUUGAGUUUUACACCAGGUGGCGCGCAGUCGCACCGCGGGCGUCGUCCGUACGAGUCCGGACAGUUUCGUGGAGGCGCGAGCCGCGGCUCCGGUUGUCCCAACGGCAACACGGCAAACAACUCGAACAGCGCACACGGCGAUGGGCAGCGGCGCGAUCGCGUACCGCACCCGAACAUGACGGAGGAGGAAAGGGCCCGUUUUAUUCGAUCUCGCCGCAACAUGGCCGUCACCCGCAACGCGCUGCGGGAGGUCGACCCGGAGACGCGGGAGUACCUACAGGUGACACAGGCGGCGGAUCAGGUGACGUCUGGGCGAGGCAGUGGGUCCACCACGCGCUAUAACACGGGCUAUCCUUACGGCGGAAGUAGCUUUCGUGGUCGCGGCGGGUCUGCGAGUACCGGGCGUGGGAUGGGCUACCGCGGCAGAGGCGGUGAGGGCCGCGGUGGGAGUCGUGGACAGGGGUACGGUGCACCUUUCAGUCCUUAUUCGUGA